AUGGAGCUGAAUAAGAGUUGGAUUAACAUAUCGAACAGACUAGAUCCUCGAUACGAACAAGGAAUUAAGAAGUUUAUUCAAUUUGCCUAUAAACAUAAGUCUCCUAGGGCAAGUAUUAAAUGUGUUAACAGAUAUUUUCAUAAACGAGAUGUUGUGGAGGAACACCUCAUUCUGAAUGGAUUUGACACUAAUCACAUAAUAUGGACGGUUCAUGGAGAGCUAUAUGUGCCUCAUCAUAGUCGAGGAGAAUUUCAAGAUCAGGAAUGUAAUAUUGGAGAUGAUAUGGUGGGAAUGAUACAUGAUGCACAUGGAGUUCCCAUAAACAAUGUUGGAAGCAGUGAAGAAGUUACGAGAUUCUAUGAAUUGUUGGAGAAGGCAGAAACAGAGUUAUGGCCUGGUUGUAAGAAUUUCACGACAUUAUCGUUUAUUGUUCGUUUACAACACUUGGAGGUAUUGGGUGGGUUGUCGGAUAAAAUAUUUGAUAUGUUGCUUGAGUUGUUGAAUGAGGCAUUUCCAAAAGGAGUGUCAUUGCCACGAUCGUAUUGGGAGGCUAAGAAACUGAGUGAGGAUUUAGGUUUUAAGUACUAUAAGUACGAUGCAUGCCCUAACAAUUGUAUGCUCUUUUGGAAAGAUGCAUCAAAGUUGGACAGAUGUACUUUUUAUGGGGAGUCAAGGUACAAAGAAUACGAGGUGCACGUGGACGACGAUAUAACGAAGAUGAAAAAAGUCGCUUCUAAACAAGUACGACACUUUCCUUUGAUUUCGAGACUGCAAAGAUUGUUUAUGUCUAACAAAACAGCAUCGUUAAUGAGGUGGCAUGAAAAAGUUAGAACAAAGGAUGGUAUAAUGAGGCAUCCUGCUGAUUCAUUGGCUUGGCAAUCUUUUGAUGAACAACAUCCGAAAUUCGCUGAAGAUAGUCGCAAUGUUAGACUUGGGUUGGCUUCUGAUAGGUUUAAUCCGUUUCGAACAAUGACCAUUAGCUAUAGCAUUUUGCCCAAUUGUGUUAAUGCCAUAUAA